CGCGCCGCCCCUGCCGGCGGCUCCGCGUGGGUGGCGGCCGCGCAGAGCGGUGCCUCCGCGCCCGCAGAGCGGCGGGGCCGGGGCGCGGGGCUGCGCGGGGCUGCGCGGGGCUGCGCGGAGCAUGUCGGCGCUGCGGCGGAAGUUGGGGGACGAGUACCAGGUGGUGAGCACCUCGGCCAGCGGCGGGGGGCUGCCCCCCCCCCGGGCCGCCCCGCGGGGGAAGCGGCAGCGCUUCGUGGAUAAGAACGGGCGCUGCAACGUGCAGCACGGGAACCUGGGCGGGGAGACCAGCCGGUACCUCUCGGACCUCUUCACCACUCUGGUGGACCUCAAGUGGCGCUGGAACCUCUUCAUCUUCAUCCUCACCUACACGGUGGCCUGGCUCUUCAUGGCUUCCAUGUGGUGGGUCAUCGCCUACAUGCGGGGCGACCUCAACAAGGCGCACGAUGACAGCUACACCCCCUGCGUGGCCAACGUCUACAACUUCCCCUCUGCCUUCCUCUUCUUUAUAGAGACUGAGGCCACCAUCGGCUACGGGUACCGCUACAUCACAGACAAAUGCCCCGAAGGCAUCAUCCUCUUCCUCUUCCAGUCCAUCCUGGGCUCCAUCGUGGACGCCUUCCUCAUCGGCUGCAUGUUCAUCAAGAUGUCCCAGCCCAAGAAGAGGGCUGAGACCCUGAUGUUCAGCGAGCACGCCGCCAUCUCCAUGCGGGACGGCAAGCUCACCCUCAUGUUCCGGGUGGGCAACCUCCGCAACAGCCACAUGGUCUCAGCGCAGAUCCGCUGCAAGCUGCUCAAAUCCCGCCAGACCCCAGAGGGUGAGUUCCUCCCGCUCGAUCAGCUGGAGCUGGAUGUGGGCUUCAGCACAGGGGCUGACCAGCUUUUCCUCGUGUCGCCGCUCACCAUCUGCCACGUGAUCGAUGCCAAGAGCCCCUUCUAUGACCUCUCCCAGCGCAGCAUGCAAACGGAGCAGUUUGAGAUUGUCGUCAUCCUGGAGGGAAUCGUGGAGACGACAGGGAUGACGUGCCAAGCCAGGACAUCCUACACCGAGGAUGAGGUGCUCUGGGGUCAUCGUUUCUUCCCUGUUAUCUCCUUGGAAGAGGGGUUCUUUAAAGUCGAUUACUCCCAGUUCCACGCGACGUUUGAGGUCCCCACCCCACCAUACAGUGUGAAGGAGCAGGAGGAGAUGCUGCUGAUGUCCUCUCCUUUGAUAGCACCCGCGGUGAGCAACAGCAAAGAAAGGAAUAACUCGGUGGAGUGCCUGGAUGGUCUCGAUGAAGUUGGCACAAAACUACCUUCAAAACUGCAGAAAAUAACUGGGAGGGAAGACUUCCCAAAAAAACUCCUCAGGAUGAGUUCCACCACCUCUGAGAAGGCCUACAGCAUGGGAGAUUUGCCCAUGAAACUCCAGCGGAUCAGCUCGGUCCCUGGGAAUUCGGAGGAGAAACUGGUGUCUAAAACCACAAAGAUGAUGUCAGAUCCCAUCAGCCAGUCGGUGGCCGACCUGCCGCCCAAGCUUCAGAAGCUGUCGGGCGGCGGCAGGAUGGAAGGGAACCUUCCACCCAAACUGAGAAAAAUGAAUUCUGAUCGGUUUACAUAACCCGCCAGGACUUCUAGCUAUCGUUUAGAGCUUGAACUGCUACUGGCAAGGGCAGGGUGGGCAGGAGAGCUGGCCCUCCACCAGCCGUAGGUGUGCUGAACUCUGUGGUCCCCGGUGCGCCGGGAGGCAGGAGCAUCCCCUCUGUAGCGGUGGCUGUGCUGUAAGUAUGAACAACGGGAUGAUCGGCGAGCUGAUGUUCGUUGGCAUGUAGUAUCACAACAUGCAUGCAAUAAUAGUGUGCAAUUUUUGCAUAUAGUAUUAUGGCAUGACUCCUACUAUAUUUAUACUGUAUAUUCUGAAAAAUAUGGAAAGGGGCAUUCCUUUCCCUGUAUUUCUUAAGAGUAAGUAGUAGGUAAAACAUGCAAGUGGGUAACUUUCAGGGUAAGUUAUAAUUUCAUUUGAAAAUGUUUUGGGUUUGGGUUUUUUUUCCUGAUGUGGAUUGUGACGUUUUGUUCAACAAAGUAGUUAUGGUGCAUGUCUUUUUUCUUAAAAGAAGGUGUAUUCGUUAAUUCUGAACAUCAAAUCUGCUAGCCUUAAAUUAACUGCUGGUUUCUAUUUUGCUUUAGCAUUUUCUUGGGGUUUCUUUUCCUGCAUCUAGGCUACUGGAAAAAAAUCUAAAUGUAUUUCAUAAGGCAUUGUUUAGAGAAGAAACUUGUACUAAUAAGCCUCGGCAGAACCGUAAAUAAAGGAAUAAAAUUCACACUUUAGAUACAGUUAGUAAAAAUUUUUAAAAAUAUUUGUGAUUUAUAAUAUAUGUGCCAGAAAAACAUUAUAAAUAAGCAGGACGUGCUUGAUUUCUCAUGUUGAUAGAAUAGCUAAACAUCAAAACAGCUGAAUGUCUCCAUGAAGCCAAGCAGGCAUUUAUUCCUGAUGAACUGCAUCCCAAGGCAGAGUCAUCAUUCCCCCUAAUUCCGCAGUGCCCGGAUUUCACUCCCUCUUGCUUUGACGGCCCAGUUGGGCCGGUAGCGAUGCAGAUGAUGGUUGCGUGAGCCAUGACCUUGCAGCCGGAGCUGUGCGAAGUUGCGGCAAGUCCCAAGCCCGGGUGGGCACAGGACACACCUGCUGCUGGCUGCGCUGCCGGUGGCAUCACUCCUUACUGCUUUUGCUAUGGUGAAAAUGAUGUUUAAAGAUGUUCUUAACUGAAGUUGACCCUGUGGGUUUCAAAAUGAGUAAUACUUUGUAUAAAUGUUUGGUUUGAUAUCCUUCUGUGCUUGUGUUUGGGUUUUCCUUUAUCCAUCUGGUUUUGCUCCAGCGGGGUCGAGCCAGGAGGGCUGGGUGUUGUGCGGGUGCCCCUAUCGUCAUGGCUUGCAGUGCUGGAGCAUCCCGCACUGCUCUGGACCCUCCACAAAAAGCUGGAGGCUGGCUGCUGCGAUGCCCAGGGACACUUCUAGUCUGGGGUCUGUAUUUGGGGGCCAGGUCACGAUGGCUUCCCAGAGGCUCCUUCUUGGAGGAGGAGGAGGUCUAGGCGAGAUGGAGUGAUGAGCAGCAUUGACAGAGAGCUGGGUACGAAAGCCACCACCAACAGCGACCAGGAAAAGGACUCUGCAUGAUAUUGUCUGCAUGUAAAACCCUUGAGACCACAGCCACGUGGUCCCAGGCAUGGACACGUGUGGGUCAGGAGAUGCAUGCAUAGCUUCAGUCAUGGAUGGGCACUUCUGACUCGUGGGCUCUGGACCAUCCUGCACGAAUGUUGGUGCUUGAUACGUGACUAAUAACAACAGAUAUGGCAAUCUUUGAGGAAAAAAAAAUGGUUUUGUUAUAAACGCUGGCAUGGAAUAAGAACUUAGAAACAGCACAGCUGGAGGGUUGGCUCGGACACCGCUGUGGCUCAGGGCUUUCACUGGAAGUUGCAAUGUAUGACUGGUCAGUUGCACACCCAAGGACUUUAUACUAACUUCCAAAGUUUCUUUUCAUUGUUUAUCAUGAUUUUUGAGUGGCAUUGCAUGCUUUUUACACCUUUGUCUAUACUUCAAUUCUCCGCACGUUAUUGUUGAAGGGGAGGUCAUGCAUUGCUCCCUGUGUGCGCCAAUCCAGUGCUCUACACAUGCGGUGAGUGGAUUGCUGAUGUGGCAAGAUAAAAUCCGGACUUCUUUUCCCCUCUUUGCUAACACUUCCUCAGGUUGUCUUGUAAAAUACUGCAGACUUUUGUACCACACGUAACUCUUCUACCAGUCCUUGACUGACAGCAAAAAUAGCCAUGUACAAGUCAACAGUAAAAAUGCCACCAAGUCCAAACCAGAGAGCCAGAACAUUAAUUGGCGUGGUAAACAUUUGGCCAGCGGCACAGCCGAGUGAUGAGUCUUGCCAAUAGGCUUGAGCAGAUUGCUCUGGUUUUGAAAGAAUGGUCUCCAGCAGCUUGACCUCUCCUCAAACCUCCUUUGGUUUGUUUGGGGUGGAUGGGGGACCACUGCCUCCUCGCCGGGAUGCUGCCGGAGUGUGACCCAGCCAACCGGCUGCGCUCUUGUGACACUGUACUUGAACUAGGUGGUCACUGUAGAUCCCUUCCAACUGAAAAUAUCCUCUCCUUCUCCUUUUUCUCCUUCUCCUUCUCCUUCUCUCUCCUCCUUCUUCUUCCCUUUCUCCUUCUCCUUCUCUCCCCUUUCCUCUCCUUUUUCCCUUCCCUUUCCUUUUCUUUCUAUUCUGCUGCACUCCAUAUCUUGCCCUGUGCUGCCUGCAUUUUUGUGGCUCUGGUAGGGAAGUGCAGGUGCAAGGUGGGGGUCCCUUGGGGGGUUCCCCAUCUUUGCUGAGUUCUCCUGCCAUCAGCAUGGGGGGUGGCUCAUGGUCCUGUUGACUUUUCUUUAUGGAAAAGUAAAUGUGCCGUGCCCCCAGCCUAGGAGCAAUGCUGUUUCACCAGCCGUGCCCUGGGGCCACCAGCAUCUUCCCUCCCAAGAGCUGCAGGGAAGGUGCUGGACUUCUCGUGCCUGGCGUGGGGCAGGUGGCUGCUCAGCAGCUGCAAAGUCCUGCCUUCGGGAGAGCCAAGUGGCGUUUUUGUUUGGGAAACUUUGGAUUGAGUCUGUGUACAAGAGUGAAUUAAGUACGAGCAGUGUGAAUGUGUUCUACAGAUUGAACUUAAAAUAGGUGACAGGGCAAAGUGCUGUAGCUGGCAGUCUGAGCAGCUGCAGCUUACUCAGUAGCUUGUAUAAAACAUGCAAAAGUGUGUGAAACCCUGGAGAAGUAGCCUGGCUUUUAUUAAAGUAAUGCCAUAGAAAAUACUAAGUUACGAUUAACUGAAAAGUUUGAUUUUUUAAAAUCAAAAUAUGCACCCAUCCUUGAUGGGUGCAAGAUUUCUGAGGCUUGUGGCUUGUAUUGCGGUGUGUUACAUAUGUUAAGAUGACAAUGUAUGUGUCUCAUUAAUAAGAGUGAAAGUACAAAUGUGGAUGAUAACUUCCUUUAGUUAUUUAUUUUAGGAAGUUACUUCUGGUUAAUAUUUCAUUUUUAUUGGUGUGGCCAGUUUUUUCCCCCCCUAAUUGAUAUUUUAGCCCAGCCCUAACGCUUGUGCUAAGACAAAGUAACUGAUUGCACAGCCGGUCUGUGUUCUCUACUGCUGAAUUUAUGCUUGAAUUAUAUUGUAAAUUGUACAUAUUCAGAUUAGAAUAAACUAAAUGCAUUUUCUGGCAUGCAGUCUAUAACUGUAUAAAUGUACAAGUUUAUUUGAAUUAUACAAAAUAACAAACUCUUGUAUUCAUUAAUACUGCAAGCUCAGUUUUAUCUAAAGCUAUAUUAAACUUUCAAAAAUUGUUUGGUUUAAAUGUGUUUGUCUUUUGUCCUGUCCACUUUUUAUCACUUUAAUAAAUGACUUUGUAUUCAA